CGUCUCACCGCCACAGUCGCCGCCGCCAGUCCUCACAAACUCCAGCCUCCCCAGCCCGCAGACAUGACCACCAAUGUCGUUCGUACCCUAGUUUUGCUGUGCCUCGCCGCCGUGGUGACACUUCUAACAGCCCAAAAUGCACCAGAAGACAUGCAUAAAUUCCUUGAAGGAGUGGCUGGAUGUCAUAAAACGUACUCCUCCAUAAGUAACGAUACUGUUCAAUACGCUAUGAUUCAUGACAUGGCUGUACCAGAUGAAAGUAACGAGGAUGCAAGGUGCUUUGUGGUGUGCGUGAUGCAGAAUAUGGGACUGAAAGUUAAGUCGGCGUAAAAGUUACAUUGACUGAGGAAAAGGACUGAUUUUAAUUCUCAAGAACAACAUAAGACUCAAAAAUCGAUGUAAAGUAUCUGUAAAUGACUAAUUGUACAGAAAAUAAAUUACUGAAC